UCUUUCUCUUUCAAUUCACCCCCAUUCACUUGUCCUCUUCUCUUGCAGUUUUGGCUUCUGGAAAUCUGCACGAGGACACUGUUCGAUGCACGCGUGCAUGGAAGCUUCACUUCGUAUAAUUUGGGCUCUACUCAUCUUUAUGUUGCAGGGUGUGCAUGGUGAGGAUGUUAAUGUUCAGGAGAUUAAGAAGAAUCAGAAGAGAGGGUGUGAUGUGUUCCAAGGGAGGUGGGUGUAUGAUUCCUCUUAUCCUCUUUACAAUUCGUUCAACUGCCCGUUCCUCGAGCAGGCAUUCGAUUGCCAAAAGAACGGCCGACCCGACCUGUCCUACCUGAAGUACAGAUGGCAACCUUCUUCCUGCAAUUUGCCCCGGUUUGGUGGGAGAAAUUUCUUGAAGAAGCUCAGAGGGAAGCGCAUCAUGUUUGUAGGGGACUCGCUCAGCCUGAAUCAAUGGCAGUCGCUUACGUGCAUGCUUCACGCCUAUGUCCCUGAGGCGAAAUACGCCUUCUCUAGAACAGCGGAUCUCUCCACUUUCACAUUCCCGGCAUUCAACGUCUCCAUCAUCCUACACCGGAGUGCGUUCUUGGUGGACGUAGUGAAGAAGACAUACGGCCGAAUCCUAGAACUGAACUCGAUCAGCAGCGGGAGCUUGUGGAAAGGGAUGGACGUAUUGGUCUUCAACACGUGGCACUGGUGGACCCACAGAGGAAGUCAACAAGUAUGGGAUUUUGUUCAAGACGGGAAGGGUACUUAUAAGGACAUGAACCGGUUCGUGGCUUUUGAGAAGGGUUUGACUACAUGGGCUAAAUGGGUGGGCUCGAACAUAGAUCCCAAGACCACCAGCGUCUUCUUCCAAGGUGUCUCGCCAACACACACUGACUCGAGGGAGUGGGGGGACUUGAGAGGGAAGGAUUGUCGAGCGCAGACCCGGCCGCUGCUCCAGUCGAGCUACCCGGGAGGCGCGAACCCGGCGGAGGCCAUCGUGGAGAAGGUGUUGAGCGGAAUGUCUAAGCCGGUCCAGUUGCUCAACAUCACCACGCUCUCGGCGUUAAGGAAAGACGGGCACGUGGGUGGGUUCGGGUACGGAGGACCCAAAGCCACGGAUUGCAGCCACUGGUGUCUCCCGGGGGUCCCUGAUACUUGGAACUUGCUUCUGUACGCAUUCCUCGUUCAAAAUUAAUUGAGUUGCUCGGUUGUGGAUGAUUUUCACCGUUUUUUUUUUCUCCUUUAGAAUGAUUCUUAAAGAAGCAACACUGUACAUUUGAUCAU